GCAGUCUAGAUAGCUCACCCCUGUCAUCAGAGGCUACAAGUAUGACCUCAGAGAACAAGAAGCGUCAUGACGUUGAUGACGCAGAGCUACAGGACCAUAGGUCGUACUCCAGUGAUGAGGGGUACAUCAAUAAAUAUCGCUACACACACAAUCAUACCUGGCAAAAUACAGGCAAACCACGAGAGCACAAGAUCACAAACUUCUUCAAGAAUGACAUGAUGGAUGUGAUGCAGAAGUCAGAAGGGGAGGAAGGUGAAGAGAAGGCUUACCUGUCUGUGUGGGACUUCGGAGGCCAGAAGGUGUUCUACGACUCUCACCACAUCUUCCUCAGUAAAGAUGCUGUCUACAUUGUCUGUUUCAAUGUCGACGACUGCCUUUCUGAUGCGGCCAAGAAGAACGCAGAGUUUGAGCGUGCCAGAUUUUGGCUACAUUCCAUUGGUUCCUUGUCUUCAAAGCAAAACAGUUCCUCAGAGCAGGUUGAAUUACCUCCCAUCAUCCUAGUCGGGACACACAUGGACAAAGUGGAAGGAAUGGAUGCAGAUACUAAGAAAUCAAAGUUCAUUGAAAUGUGUACGUGGCUUCUCAAGCCACCCGAGCUACAGAAGAUUAAGAACCACAUCCAGGGCUACUGUGCUGUAGACAAUAGCAACCGUGACCUUCCCUGGCUAGAUAACCUCUGGGAGGACAUCAUCAAGGCCGCUCCAUUUCAGUCACAGUGGAAGAGGGCUUUGCCCGCGAAAUGGCUGUCACUAGAGAGAGAACUGAUGAAACUCAAAGGUCAAGGUCAAAAGAUAAUGUCCUUCAAAGAGGUCACAGAAUUGGACAUGAAGUUGGAAUCACCCAUUGAAAAUGUCAGGGAGAUAGAAGUCUUUCUGGA